CACUUCAGCAGAGUAACAUGUUGCCUCGUCGCAGCUACGGUGCCGAGUUAUAAGCAGAGGCUGCCAGCUCCCCAUCAGACUGACCAAAUAUCAACAGAAAACUCGGAGGGAAGCAAGGAGAAAGGCAGUGAAGUCUUCCCACUGCAGAGUCCGACCACCUUCUCUGACAGGAGGAGGAGGGGGUAGAGGAGGAGGAAGAUCGGUUUUCACACUGUCCUGACUCAGUUUGUCACCUCAAGCAGAAGGAGCGGCAGAGGAUGCGAGGGAAACUGCAGGAGCUGGAAAGUUGGCUCUGUUUUCCUCCGCCGUCCAUCCAUCAUUCACAGCAGAGCAAACUUUUUUAAAAGGAGAAAGGCGAGGCGGUGCGUGUGCAAAGGUGGGGAGAAGAGAGAGAGAGAGAGAGAGGGAGACGGACAAAAGCAUCCCUCACCCUGCUCAUCUUUUCCGUGCAUGUAUUUUUGCAAGUGAGAAAGCAGGUGCCAUCCAUCCAGAGGCAGCUACCCAUGUGGCAGGAGGCUCUGUGGACCCGUGGACGCUACCUGCUGGAGAAGAAUGAUGGAGGCGAGGGCUGUGAGGGGCCUGAGAGCCUGGGAGACGGGUUCCCCGGGUUCCAGGGUGAGGUGUGCACCGAGGGGGAGAAGCCUCAGGACUGGCUGUAUGAGUCGUACUACAGAAUGAGCCAGCAGCAUCCGUUGAUAGUGUUCCUGCUGCUGAUCGUCAUGGGAACCUGCCUCGCACUGCUGGCUGUGUUCUUUGCUUCAGGACUGAAUACAGAGGAUCACUUGACAUUCCUGAUCACAGUGCCCGCUGCUCUCUUCCUCUUCUUGUCCAUUUUCAUCCUUGUCUGCAUCGAGUCCAUCUUCAAACGGAUGCUCCGCCUCUUCUCGCUCCUCAUAUGGGCCUGUCUAGUCACCAUGGGUUACCUUUUCAUGUUCUCCGGAGGAAGACUCAGUCCCUGGGACCAGGUGUCCUUCUUCUUGUUCAUCGUGUUUGUCGUCUACACCAUGCUGCCCUUCUCCAUGAGCGGGGCCAUCAUCGCCAGCGGCAUCACCUGCUUCUCACACACCGUCACGCUCAGCAUCUGUCUGACCUCCACCUCCACAGAGCUGGAACCUCUAGUCUGGCAGAUCUUAGCCAAUGUGAUCAUCUUCACCUGUGGCAAUCUGGCCGGGGCGUACCACAAGCACCUGAUGGACCUGGCACUCAGACAGACCUACCAAGACACCUGCAACUGCAUCAAGUCGCCCAUCAAACUAGAGUUUGAGAAGCACCAACAGGAGCGUUUGCUGUUGUCCUUACUGCCCGCGCAUAUAGCCCGCGUGAUGAAAGCUGAGAUCAUCCAGAGGCUGCAGGGACCAAACUUUGGGCGAACAGAGAGCACCAACAACUUCCACAACCUCUAUGUGCAGCGGCACACCAAUGUCAGCAUCCUCUAUGCAGACAUUGUGGGUUUCACCAGACUGGCCAGCGACUGCUCUCCAGGUGAACUCGUCCACAUGCUGAAUGAACUUUUCGGCAAAUUUGACCAGAUCGCUAAGGAAAACGAGUGUAUGCGGAUCAAGAUCCUUGGAGACUGUUAUUACUGUGUGUCUGGUCUGCCGGAGUCGCUGCCUAACCACGCCAGGAACUGCGUGAAGAUGGGCCUGGAUAUGUGUGAGGCCAUCAAAAAGGUCCGAGAUGCCACCGGGGUCGAUAUCAACAUGCGCGUUGGCGUCCAUUCUGGAAACGUCCUCUGUGGCGUGAUUGGCCUGCGCAAAUGGCAGUAUGACGUGUGGUCACAUGACGUAACACUAGCCAAUCACAUGGAGGCAGGAGGCGUGCCUGGUCUGUCAAAUUUACUCCUCUCCAGGAGGGUCCACAUCUCAUCAGUGACCCUGGAGCAUUUGAAAGGCUCGUACAAGGUGGAACCCGGAGACGGACAGAGCAGAGACUCGUACCUGAAAGAACAUGGAGUGGUCACCUACCUGGUCAUCAACCCUAAGACAGAGAGGCACAGCCCGCUGUUAGGUGUGCGCUCUCGUCCCUCCCUGGACGGUGGAAAGAUGAGAGCGUCAGUCAGGAUGACACGAUACCUGGAGUCCUGGGGCGCAGCCAAGCCCUUCGCCAAUCUUCAUCAUCGAGACAGCAUGACCACAGAUAAUGGCAUGAUCAACACUACUGACGUGCCAAUGGGACAAUACCACUUCCAGAGACGAGAAAGGUCCAAAUCACAGAGGAGGAGGUUUGAGGAAGAGCUCAAUGAACGAAUGAUUCGCACCAUUGAUGGAAUCAACUCACAGAAACAGUGGUUGAAGUCUGAGGACAUCCAGAGGAUCUCAUUGUUCUUUCACAACAAAGCUCUAGAGAAAGAGUACAGAUCCACUACAUUACCUGCCUUCAAGUACUAUGUCACCUGCGCCUGCCUCAUAUUCUCCUGUAUAUUCAUCGUGCAGGUUCUCGUCUUGCCCAAAACUGCUGUGCUGGGGAUCUCCUUCGGCCUGGCAUUCCUGCUCUUGGCUUUGAUCCUGCUCCUUUGCUUCGCUGGUCACAUCCUGCAGGGAAGGAAAGGGUCUUUCUGUUCUCUUACAUGGUUCCCUACCUCUUCUCGCAUCAUCGUCACCAAUAACCCCUGGCUACGACUGGUACUCACCAUGACCACCACUGCUCUCAUACUGGUCAUGGCUGUCUUCAACAUGUUUUUUGUUGAAGAUCCUGGAGGAUCUACAGAGGACGUCCCGACAACCACUCCAUCUGUGAAUCAAACCAAUGGCACCCUGUUGGACUAUGCGGAAGAAAGCAAGUUUUACCUGCCAUACUUCAUCUACUGCUGUAUACUAGGCCUAGUGUCAUGCUCAGUGUUCCUGAGGAUCAACUACGAGCUGAAGAUGGUGGUGAUGCUGGUUGCCGUGGUAAUCUACAACAUCAUCAUCCUCCAGACACAUGCCUAUCUCCUGGAUGGAUUUAGCAAGGCGUUGUACCCCACAGAUAAACUAGAUAGACCAGGGGUUCUGAAGGAUCUAAAGACAAUGGGUUCUGUGUCUUUAUUCAUCUUCUUUGUCACAUUGUUGGUACUAGCCAGGCAGAAUGAAUAUUACUGUAGGUUGGACUUCCUGUGGAGGGACAAGUUCAAGAGGGAGUGUGAGGAGAUCGAAACCAUGGAGAACCUCAACCGAGUUCUGCUGGAGAACGUUUUACCAGCUCAUGUCGCCGAGCACUUCCUCGGACGCAACUGGAAAAAUGAGGACCUCUAUCAUCAGUCAUAUGAGUCGGUGUGUGUGAUGUUCGCCUCCAUCCCAGACUUCAAAGAGUUUUACACAGAGUCUGAUGUCAACAAGGAAGGAUUGGAGUGCCUCCGUCUUCUCAACGAGAUCAUAGCAGACUUUGAUGAACUGCUGUCCAAGCCCAAGUUCAGCGGAGUGGAGAAGAUAAAGACCAUUGGUAGCACCUACAUGGCUGCAACUGGACUCAAUGUUACCCCUGGACCAGAGAGCAUACAGGAACAUGACAGACAAUACAUGCACAUAGGCACUAUGGUGGAGUUUGCCUUUGCUCUUGUAGGGAAGCUAGAUGUCAUCAACAAGCACUCUUUUAACGACUUCCGACUCCGAAUUGGGAUAAACCAUGGACCAGUGAUUGCAGGGGUAAUUGGAGCCCAGAAGCCCCAGUAUGACAUCUGGGGAAAUAGUGUAAAUGUCGCCAGUAGGAUGGAGACCACUGGGGUGCUGGGCAAAAUACAGGUAACAGAGGAGACGAGUCAUAUCUUAUCAGCAUUAGGGUACAUGUGUUCAUGCCGUGGCAUCAUCAAUGUAAAGGGUAAAGGAGAACUCAAGACCUUCUUUGUCCACACUGAGAUGACCCGAUCUCUGUCACAAGGGACUGUCAUGCCUUGAGCGUGUCACACUGACUGAACAAACAGACUCAAGAACACAAAGUGGCUGUAGAAGUGAUUUGUCAUGCUCCGUAAGUAAAACCCAUUACCAGAAGCCUGCAGUACAAUGGAUAGACAAUUGUCGAGAACCACUUUAGUCCUUAGCAACACAAUGUAGAUCAGGGCCAUGGUGCACUGCCACAGUCCUUCAACACUGUCCUACGGGUGGUUUUCCCAACUCAAGUGUAACAAGGACUUCACUCUAAGGAGUCUCUUCACUGUCUAAAGGAGUGCCUGACUAAAGAGAGUUUUGCUUAAUUAGUGCAGCUCUCAAGGACCGUAGUCACUCGUUUGUACAAUAGUAGUGGUGUGGAGCUACGUACCCAUGCCAGUGUUCCAGUGCUUCAGAGCCUUAUACUUGAGUAAACUGAGCUGCCUGCCGCGCUGUGUUUCAUUUUUUUUUCUAUCUAUGCCUGGUUGGCAAAGUGAGCCAGUUCAUUCCAUUUUAUUCCAAAUGGAUGUUACAAUAGUUCAGUCAUAUAGAGCUAUGGAUGCCAACAAAUUACCAGCGUGAUGGGUAGAUUUCCAAAACCUGUGAUUUGUAUUUAUAGCUUUAGAGCUGUGCUUGUGUCCCACUCAAGCAGGUGGGCUCAGGCGCAGGAUUCAAGAGGAAAAGUAGGUUUCUUUUUUAUAAUCCAUUUGGAACCAAACAACAGCAUGUGUGUUCAUGUUAACUGCCAUCCUUUUGUUAUCCAUUAAACAUUUGUAUAUAAA